CCCGACGAUUAGCACAGGGUCGCCAACGAUUGUUUAAGUAUGGUUCACCAUCCACAACGUCAUCGCAACCGCUUGAAUUAAAUGAGAAAAUCUAUCGAUCUGCAAAAAAUCUAAAAUCUACAAGAAACACGCAAACUGAUGAUGAGAAAGAUGGGAUUGGUGAAAUAAUGCCAGCAGUUGGUGGAGGAUGGGUGGAACAAUCGAAUGAAACAGUGAUAUCAGCGGAAAAUGGAUCAAAGAUAAGUAUGACAACGUCGAUACCAUUGUCAGCACAGGAAAGCAUAUCACGGCCUGCCGUAUCAUGCUAUCAACAACCGCAAACAAAUUUUGAUGAAGACGAAGAAUUGAUGUUUAAGAAUUUCCCUUGGUUAAAGGUGGUAAUUAAAAUGGCAAAUUCAUUUCAUUUAUCAUGUAAUCAUGAACGUUUCUGUCAUCCAUGGUGCUUUGAAAGAGUCUAUCGACAAUGUUACCGCUUAACAGAAGCACUUCGAAAAGUAUAUGGUGAAGAUUUACCGCUUCUCGGAUAUCUCGAUAAGCGUAAAGCGAUGACAGAUGCAUGGAUCAAUCGUCAUGAAAAUGUGAAAAAAGUGUGGGACAUUUAUUGUUGGCGUUCGUUGGGAACACAGCGGCCUUCCGGAUUAUUCAGAGUUCGUCGAGAAAAUGCUGCUGUUCGGCAAGGUGCAAUGCGUGAUAAGCCACCAAUGGCACUGCGAAGUUUGCUUAUUGAACAGCUUACCGAAAUGGAGGAAAAUAGAGAAGGACGAAUGGGAAAGAAUAAUUUUCAAGAAUCGGAUAAUCUGAAUGAAGCAAGCCAGGCGAAAGGACAUCCACCGCCUUCUCCAAUGCUGUCCUAUAUUGCCACCCAGAUGUUAUGCAUAAUUCAUUCGCCUUUUUCAACUCUUCUUAAGAGCUGUCUUGUAUUACGCAAUGAACAUUAUCGAGAAAUAAUGGAUAUUUGCUGGCAUUUACUCAUACAUCGUGACAAACAUAUUGUCACUUCAGCUGCAUGUCUUUUCAUUGUAUCAUCGGUACGAAGUCCAGAGGGAACUGUCAAUGUGAUAAGGAAUAGUUUGCUAAAUGACGAUCCAAGCAUACGUACGGAAGGAUUACGACGUUUCCAUGCUUUGUGGCGGAAUCGUUUUCAUGUUUGGUUGAAAAUGGAAGAUGGAGCACAACUUGUCUUUAAAGUUCCACCACCAGGCAUUGACUUCACAUUACCCUCUCCUUCUGUUGGCCAAAGCCAUGUAUCGAUCGUCGAUCCACCGUGGAUGCCUCAUGUAAAGACCAAAGUUGAGGAGCUAUGCCUGAAAGAAGAAGAACAAGCAACGAGUCAAACAAUAAUGACGAUGACACGGACACGUCGAAAACAGAAGCAAGAAAUGGUACGUCGUGCGGUACAUGAAGCAAAUGAGCGAGAAAGUUCUUUACGUCAGAAAUUUUCAUUUCGUGCCACAGCUAUUGUGCAACAAGCAGCUUACGAGCCAGCUUUGUUCCAUCAUCAAACACAACAAACUUUGGCUGAUAAUACUGGCGAAGAAUGUGAUGUUCAUCCAAGCUCUACUCGACAACAAAUGCCAGUUGCACAACCACUUUUUCCGUCAUCGCUACUUUCAGUAGUACCAACGAUCAUCGAAAUGCUCGAUGAUGUACAAUUGGACAGUUCUGGAAAAUCUGGUGAUAUUUCAAACAGUGCAAACAUUACUUUUCAGGAACAUUUAAUAUUGCUUUUACGAAAACUGAUAUUACGUUUUCAACCUUUGCCAUGUCAAACUGCUUAUACAUUAAUGAAUUAUUUUUUUGGUUUUGUAAUGCAUUAUGUACGAAGUCCGUGUGAUGGAAGUGAUCAAGCAAUCGCAAUGGCUUUAAGUAUAAUAUGGCUUAUUGUUCCAGAUGUGCAUGGAUUAUAUUUUAAAGAUCUGAAGCAAACAUUAAAGAAGGAACAAUGUGAUCAGGCGCUAAUGAUAACGGCAAAUGUUCCAUCAGCAAAGAAAAUUAUUAUUCAUGGACCUGAUAGCAGUUCUGGUGGAAUUCCAUCACAAUUUCCGAUCCAUGAAGAUACGCAAUUUCGGCAAUUACUUAAGGAUAGCCUCGAAUUCUUUAAUAUCCCUGAAAGCGAUAAUCAAUAUUAUUUUCUUGUUGAUACUAAAACAAAUAUAGUUCAUAAUCCUUCGUCCUACGUUAGGGAUUUUUAUUUUUUUCAUCGUUCGCUCUAUCCGCAGUUGACAUUGGUUAAGUUGAAUCCUGACGAAGUGCAUCUUCGGAUGCGCCAAAUAGCGUUUACGCAUAAACUUCUAGAAAUGGGAAAAAUAUUGCUAACAUAUAAUGCUCUUUCUCAUAGCCCUGAAAAUGUGAUACCACAACGAAUAUUUUUCCUACAUGAUGAAUUUACACAUUUACCAUCGUUUCCACGGAAAAGUUUGGAAACAUGUUUUGGCAUGUACAAUGGCCCAUUAGGUCGUGAAUUGUAUUCCAUUGAUAGUACACAUAAAUUUGUGUGGACUUUGUUAAUGUCCGAUAUGUUCGCAAAGAUGGAAAAUGCCUUCAUGUUCGGUGAUUUACAUCUGUUUAUCAAUGUUAUCAAUGGUGUGACCUUAUUACAUUGUGAAAAUGUAACAAUUUUGCGCCGGUGUAUGGCCACAUACCUAUCCAUGGCUAUACAUUUCAGUACUCUCUUCACUAAUCAGGGAUUUUUCCUCAUAAUGCCAACAAUAUUACGUUGUUACAGUCAAAGGCAAACUAAUCCAUUACUUUGUCGUACGAUUGAAUAUGUUUGCAAACAAUUUUACAUCCUUCAUCGAAAGCCUUUCUUAUUGCAAAUGGCUGGUGCAGUGGCAAAUAUUCUCGAUACUACUGAUAACAAUUUUGAAGUGAAUCCGAUGAAGGUGAAGGCGAAAUAUUGGUUUAAUUUGUUGCAUAGCAUGGAAAAUAUGAGUGAGAUGGAAGAUCCAAUUGAUAUAUUAGGUUUAGUCAAUGAGACAAAACCAUUAAAAGCGUUAGAUCUAUGUUACCGUGACGAUCCCAAUACAUUUAGCUUAUUAACAGAUGCGUUGGCAAGCGCCGUAACGGUAUGCGCUUUUGCGCCUGAAUCACGACGUUGUUACCAGAUGUUGUUAGUGAUGCAAGCAACGAUACCGUAUUUUUUGGAACAGAUAGAACAGGAUACAGUGAAACAGGGCAACAGCAUGGUGGCUGUAAAACAUGAAAUAUCUAUCUAUACAACACUUUGCGUAGAAAUAAAAGCAUUAGUGAAUUGCUGUGAUAUUCUUGCUAGAGGACCGACGCGAACGUUCGAUAUUGUCAAUAGUGUCAGUGAUCGAGGGAAGUCAUUAAUUGCAGAUUCGCCUCAAUUCUUUGAUCCACCAACUUUGAUGGAAGAUGAAACGAAAAUGCAUUACUCAACUGUGAAGGAAAAGAAAAAUGUUGUUGGCCCGGAUGCCAUGGAUAAUUCUGAGGGACAACGUGAAAUAUUUCGCCGUCCACGUGAUGCUCUUCUCGUGCUAGCUGCUACGUUUAUCGAGAAAGCAAAAUCACGACUGAAGGAACUUACCAAAUUGGCAUCGAAUAUCGAACAUAUCAAAAUUCCGGAAUUAUUCGAUUAUAAAUGCUAUGUGAAAUUGAAUGAAAUUGCUCUUGCAUUAUUGAAAAUUGCACCAUACGACCUUAACACAAUAGCAUGUCUUGGAUUGCAGAAAUAUUUCGAUGUCAUUCUGCUAAUAACUGAUUGGUCGGUGGAGAGCAAUCGACCGACGUUAAAUUUUGUUUUGCGACGUUUGGAUAAGACAAUUCAAAAGAUUGGCAAGAAAAUCGUUUUUCGACGUCGAACGAAUUGGACUGCAUUGACAAAUUGGCUUAAUGGUUUACAUCAAACGCUUGUUGCCCAUCCUUAUAUUGCUCAUUCACAUCCCUUAAAGUCGACAACAUUGAUGUGUUUACGAAUAAUGAUCGGUGAUCCGUUAAAUGAUGAUCUUUUUACUCAGUCCAAUACUGCUUUUUCUACCGUAUUACAUGGUACUUCUCCACCACAGUCAUUCUGUAAUGCAGUCCUUAAACUUGCUUCUUUCAUGAUGCAAGCACUUGGUCAGGCAGCAUUUUCAUUGGAAUAUUUAUGCAGUAACGAAGGAAUUGGACCUACAGCUGAACGUUUGGAGGUUGUACUGUGUCAUAUCUUAAUACCAUUAUUUCUUCGGGCUGCAACUGUCAAGAAUGAUAAACCGCAGUUUCAAACGAAAGAUUUGAUAUUUUGCUUGAAUUUGAUGCAAAAUGCUAUUAAUCCUCCAUUAGCACGGCAAAGUGUUGCACCGUUAAUGAGUUCAAAUUUAGCGUCUACUUUAAUGCGAGGAUCCAAUGCUCAUGAUGUUUCCGGACGUCAGGGUUCCGUAUCCGUAACAGAACGUGGCCAUUCUGCAACCGUAACAACGCACCGUAUCAUUCGUGAAACAGUUUGCCAAGCUAUAUUUCUGGCUCUCAAAGUGAUGAUAGUAGCAUUCGAGAAGCAGAUGACAAUAUUAUGGCCACGGGUAUUUAAAGUCAUCCGUGAUUUGGUUGGCAAAAAGAUUGGUGGCACCGCAUUGUAUUCAUUUAUUGAUUUUAUAGUCGAUAUCAACUUGCCGAUAUCAUUGAUCAUUUUGCCAUUCCUUCAAAGCAAAGCAGCACAGAAAGUUUCAACUGAACAAGAAGCAGCAUGGCAAGCAGAAUUCAAGGAACGCCUGCAACAGUUAGGUGGUGCAUCCGGGAAUAAAAUUCGUGGAUAUGGAUCCUUGUUGGCGGAACUGUCACAAGAAUUACAGAUGAUGAAGGAAGACUUUUCGAUAAGAACUUUUGAAAUUGCUCGAUCUCAUACACCAACAAUCACAGAACUUCAUAGUGAUUCGGGUAGUUCACAAAGUACCGUCGGACUUCGUCAUUCAAAUACACGAUUGAGUGCUAAUGAAGCACGACGCUUGUCAACUACAACAAUCACAAAAUUAAAUCGAAUAACUUCUUCAGUACAUCGUAAAGAACCAGUACCUGAAAGGAUUAUCGUUGAAGGUACAGAGGAUGACAGUUUACAUAUGAUGUCUUCAUCUACUACUGCGACAAAAAGUUAUUCUAUUGGUUCUGAAAAACGUACAGUUGUUGAAUUGCAUGAUUUGCCGCUGUUUUCAAAAUAUCGCAAAUCGCCAAAUGUUGAGAAAAGGCAAUCAAAAUUGGAAACUCUCCCACUGAAUUUGGAGGAAUCAUUUAUUGCGACUUCAGAAUCAGAAAAACCGAAAGUCGUGUCGUUUACAACUCCAGUCGGACAUCGACGUGAUUCGAAUGGUGAUGAAAAUUUUGUAGAUCGCAUCACGGCACGACAUCAUUAUGUAUAA